AUAAUCUAAACCAUGGCGGUGUUCAGAUUUGCCAGUUUAGAUCAAGCGAAUAGACCACAUAAUGCCUUUUUUGGUGAUAACAGCAAAGUGUGACACUUUAUUAAUUCUGCUGUUCAUUGUGAAUGAUAAAAUCAGCAAGCUCUGUCUUUGAGUAUCUAGCAUGGCACUAUGCUAACACACCCAAUAGCAAUUAUUUAGUUGCGAGGCAGCAUUCUUGUUUAAUGUCUGUAUCUUUCUAAACAAGACACAGAGAGAGAGAGUUGAACUGAGCAGUCACAGAAAUAAUGAGCUCUUAAAAAACAACAAUAGCUUUUUUAUUUUGAAUGGAACAGAAUGUUUAUAUAAUAUAAAUCUGUUUUUUCACAUUCCUUAACAUCUGGACCAGAAAUGAUCUUAAAAAAAAAAAUAACUUAAGAAAUGAAUUAACUGAAGAAAAGAGUAAAAAAUAGACACUGAAACAUACUACGAAAUCUAAAGGAUCUAAUAAUACAAGAACAGAAAGGAGAGGAAAGAAAAGAAUACAACUAAAAGAAACAGAAAGAAAAAGCAGAAGGAAAGAAAGAUAUUAAGAAAAGAAAAAAAGACAGAAAGACAAAAACAGAAGGAAAGAAAGAAAGAAAGAAAGAAAGAAAGAAAGAAGUAAGUAUAAUAAGGUAAGCUUCUUAAAUACCAUCAUAUAAAUAUAAGAAAUCCUCUGUCAGGUCUGCCAAACUAGGAAGUAAACACAGUGGACGCGUUAAGUAAGUGAGCCGCUCAGAGUGAGAACGCUCAGAAAACACACUGAGCAGAUUUAAAUGACUUAACGCUCUGCUCCACGAGAGCGCUGAGCGACUUUUAAAAUGGCGAAUAAUGAUUCGUAUUUGUGAUGGUCUGGUUGAUGAAAUGUCCCGAGAUGAUGGUCUCAUUGGUAUUGAAUUCCUAAAACCAGGAAUGUUAGUAUUAGUAUAUACUUAUAUUUGAUUUGUUUGUAAAUGUGUUUAUUUUUGCUUUUUAAUACGCUCGUUGUUGGUUUGUACGGUAUUGGUGUUUGUGUCUUGUAAAUAAAUACUGCACGCCUGUGCGGCGUGUUCAAACCGCAUCUCUGUCUCUGUGCCUCCAUUCCAGCUCUCACCUGCCUGCUUCAGCUGUGGUAACAACCCAAAUCCAUAACAAGUAGCCUUUUCAGAAGUUUGAUUUUAAUAAAACAAUUAUUUAUUAAAUGCCUCCACAAUUGCUUUUGUUUACAGCUAGACUAGUGUAGUACAAUUUAUUUUAUUUUUUUUUUAAACUUUGUUUAUUGGAUUUCACAAAUUAAGCAGGAUGAAACAUAAACACAAUUUAACAGAGAUUUAAGAUUAAUAAUAAUUAUAAUUGUUAUAAAAGAGAAGAGAAAGAGGAGAAAGACAGAAGAGAAAGAAAGGAAGGAGCCAGAGAGAAAGACAGAGAAAGUGCCGUGCUUGCUUUUUCAUUAUUAUUAAUUUUAUAAAGGAAGAUUAUGGAGGGGAGGGCAAUCUGAGGUUGUCAACAUAGGAGAGAAAGGGUUGUCAUGCUUUAUUAAAUCUUGCAGUGGAUCCCCUUAAUGUAAACUUUAUUUUUUCCAAUUUAAGGGAGUACAUGAGAUCCCUAAUCCAGUGAACAUGUGAGAGUGGGGCAGCCUGUUUCCAACCAAACAAAAUGAGGCGUCUAGCCUGCAGAGUUGCAAAGGCCACGGUGUCCGACUGCAGCCCUGUUAAAGACCUGAUUGAGAAUUAAUUUCUGGGAUCAAAUGUGAAGCAGCAGAUUGACGCAGAUGAUGUGCUAAAAUUUUGCUAGCCUUGUCACCAUGUUCAUAUAGUGCAUGCCGUGAUCUAAUCAUUAAUUGCUCUGCCUGUUUAGUGAAGAGAAGGUUGAAUUCAGUCUGUAGGGACAAUCGUUGUUUAUAGAGUUCUGGAGUGGGAGAGAGAGCAUGUUGCUGAUCUAACUGCAAAAUAAGGUCAGUUAGUUCUGAGAGCCACCCUGUUCGAAGCUUGUUGAGUCUAGCACUAUAAGAGAUUACUUGGCCUCGUAAAUAAGCCUUUAAGGUUUCCCAUAAAGUGAUGGAGGACAUCCCAGGUGUAGAUAAAGGCUCAAUCACUUGUUUUUAUUUUCAUAACCUUAAAACAGGGUCCAAAGUUAAUCAUCUAAACCAUGGCGGUGUUCAGAUUUGCCAGUUUAGAUCAAGCGAAUAGACCACAUAAUGCCUUUUUUGGUGAUAACAGCAAAGUGUGACACUUUAUUAAUUCUGCUGUUCAUUGUGAAUGAUAAAAUCAGCAAGCUCUGUCUUUGAGUAUCUAGCAUGGCACUAUGCUAACACACCCAAUAACAAUUAUUUAGUUGCGAGGCAGCAUUCUUGUUUAAUGUCUGUAUCUUUCUAAACAAGACACAGAGAGAGAGAGUUGAACUGAGCAGUCACAGAAAUAAUGAGCUCUUAAAAAACAACAAUAGCUUUUUUAUUUUGAAUGGAACAGAAUGUUUAUAUAAUAUAAAUCUGUUUUUUCACAUUCCUUAACAUCUAGACCAGAAAUGAUCUUAAAAAAAAAUAAUAACUUAAGAAAUGAAUUAACUGAAGAAAAGAGUAAAAAAUAGACACUGAAACAUACUACGAAAUCUAAAGGAUCUAAUAAUACAAGAACAGAAAGGAGAGGAAAGAAAAGAAUACAACUAAAAGAAACAGAAAGAAAAAGCAGAAGGAAAGAAAGAUAUUAAGAAAAGAAAAAAAAGACAGAAAGACAAAAACAGAAGGAAAGAAAGAAAGAAAGAAAGAAAGAAAGAAAGAAAGAAAGAAAGAAAGAAAGAAAGAAGUAAGUAUAAUAAGGUGGCAGGACCAUGACAGCACGGCUGAUGAGUAUUUGAAGCACACUGACAGUCAUGGACUCCAGCUGAAAGCUCUUUGUUGGUUUGCUGGAAGCUGGGAAGACGUGGUGUGUCAUCAUGAAGCUGACCUGCAUGUUCUCCUUCACCCUGCUCUUCGGAGCCACCGGGCUCGUCCUCUUCAUUCACCUGCAAGACCUCGCUGAAAUAGUGCAGCAGCAGAUACCAGGAUCCAAAUUAAAUUUAAAAGUGGGACAGACUACAAGAAAGGACUUGUGUACCUACAACAGUACCUUUGGAAAAACAGAGGCGAGCAAAUCUGUGCAAAGGCCAAACCAGGAUUCAUUAUCUGGCCCAGUCUCCCCAAUGCAGUUUCCUGCUUUUGACAGAACACAGAACCCAAAGCUGCACAACUCCAGAGAACUGAAAGGGAAUGUCCUGGAUGUCCGCUCUGCCGGAAUCAUGACACGACAGAGGCAGCUCUUGCUUAAAAACACCCCCUAUUUCAAAGCUCUCAAUAGCUCCACUGUGUCCACAUCCAUGCAAGGAGACACAAAGUGGGAUAAACUGUACAAGACUCAGGAGGAAAGGAAACGGCUCAUCAGAGAUGUCUGUGCCAAAUACAAAAGUAACAGUAAGAAGACUAUCACACCCCACCACGUCUCCAGGAUCUUUGUGGAGGACAAGCACAAACUGUUAUACUGUGAGGUUCCUAAAACAGGCUGCUCCAACUGGAAGAGGGUCUUGAUGGUCUUGGAGGGGUUUGCAUCCUCGGUGAAGGACAUCCAGCACAACACAGUGCACAACGGGAAUCACCUGAGGAGGCUGGAUAGUUUCGACAAGCAGGGAAUCCACGAGAGACUCAACACCUACACUAAAGUACUUUUUGUCCGAGAGCCAUUCGAGAGGCUGGUGUCAGCUUUUCGGGACAAGUUUGAGCAUCCCAACAGUUACUACCACCCCGUCUUCGGGAAGCCCAUCAUUUCGAAGUACCGUGUCAAUGCCUCCAAGGCGGCGCUAAGAACAGGUUCUGGCGUGACCUUCAAAGAAUUCCUGCAGUACCUGCUUGACGUGCACAAGCCUGUGGGGAUGGACAUUCACUGGGACCACGUCAACCGGCUGUGCAGCCCCUGCCUCAUCAACUAUGACUUCAUAGGCAAGUCUGAAAGCAUGAGGGAGGAUGCUGACUUCUUGCUUCACCUGACUGAUGCCCCAAAGAAUUUGACUUUCCCCACCUUCAAAGACCGGCACUCCAAUGAGGAGAGGACAUCUACUAAAAUCACCCAGCGAUAUUUUGCACAGAUAGCACCUUCUGACAGGCAAAGAGCCUAUGAUUUCUAUUACAUGGACUAUCUAAUGUUUAAUUACUCAAAGCCUUUUAAAGAUUUAUAUUAACUUUAGGUGGGCUAUACUGCAUUUAUGUUUUAAAUGCUUAGAAAAAAGAAAUCGGCUAGACAAAUUAGACAAAAGGCAUUUGCCAAAAUGUUUUUCUACAUAACUGUUUGCACCAGUCUAUAAAUAACUCCUAUUUUUGAAGGUUUUACAAAACUAGAACCCUUAACAACUUUAACAUUGUCAUAGAAUUUGCUCCUCAAGAACCAGAACAUGCCCCACAACCCUAAUUGCAAGACACGUAACCCUGAAGGUAUUAAAAUCCCUUUCCUGUUACAGGUUAUUAGUUUCAGUAAUCAUUUUCAAUUUAAUUUCGUAUUUCUAAUUCAUUUUCUUCACUAUGAAAAGUCUCUGGAGGCAAAAACACAAUAGGACAGCGUACUCCGCCAUGUUGUUUCGCCUAUAUUAAUGUCCCUCUAUCAUUUCUUUUUUGUUGUACAGAUUUCCUUUUCAAUUAUAUCUCCAGUUAUUAUUAUUUGAUUAUUUAGCAGACGCCUUUAUCCAAGGCAACUUACAGAGACUAGGGUGUAUGAACUAUGCAUCAGCUGCAGAGUCACUUACAAUUACGUCUCAACCGAAAGACGGAGCACAACGAGAUUAAGUGACUUGCUCAGGGUCACACAAUGAGUCAGUGGUUGAGGUGGGAUUUGUACUGGGGACCUCCUGGUUAUAAGCCCUUUUCUUUAACCACUGGACCACACAGCCUCCUUGACACACGUUGUGCCACCUGAAACUGUGAGAUAGGCAAAUUAUUUCUCUAGAAAGGAUACUCUCAAAGAGGUACUUGAUACGAAACAUCUCAGUUAUCUUCCUCUUGAUAUACUUUGUAUAUCAUUUUCUAUUUCAGCCAUCACAUCCUGGUGACUUUUUAAAAAGCUUCUUGCUUUUUUAAUACCUGCAGACUAAGAGCAACAUGGAUACUCUAUAUCAGAGAAGUCAGAAAUGCAAAGUCACUAGGUCAGCACUGCAAGAUCAUAGUAGAUAAUUGUCAGUAUAGUCUUGACUUUUUUUUUAUCUUUGCACAUAAAAUGAUUCACUUUUUUAAACCAGAAUACCAGGAACAUACCCGAAAUAAUUUGGAUUACUGUCCUGCUGAGUCCAGGAGUCCCGAGACCCAAUUUUGCACGGUGACCUGUGAUAUGACUUUCCUAGUUUCAUUUUGCACAUGACAGGCUGGUCCCUGUGUUUUCUGUUUACACUGUUUGCUUUGUAAAUCAAAUCAAAACAAAGCUUUUAGAUUAGAUUUUAGAUUAGGUCAAAUGUUCCCUUGAUAUGUAAGUGACUUUUUUAUUUUAUUUUAUAAAAUAUAUAUAUGUUAUGGACCGUUGCCGAAAUCGGGCAGUUGCCUUAAUGCCCGGGCAGUUGGCAAAGUGCCCAGCUGCAGCGGUCAGAUGCCAAAUUAGCUUCGAAUUUUAUGUCACUUCACCAACUGCCCGGGCAUUACGGCAACUGCCCGAUUUCAGCAACGGUCUAUAACAUAUAUAUACACAACCAGUUCCAUUAUAUAUUGUAUAGUAUUGUAAGAAACCAAAUGCAGUUCACUUUUAAAGUGGUGAUAGCCAAGGCUUUAAAAUCAUACAGCUACAAAUGCCAAGGCAGCUUUAUGAAGUAUUCUGAGUUCUGUUGCUCUAAUAUUUGGGAUUGUUAAUAAUUUUUCUCUGCUGUUGCUCUGUCUAACAUAGGCCUGGUGUUGUUGGGACAUCAGAAUCAUAUUCCACCUCUGUUGACCCCAUCGGCUUUAUGGUACAGAAGCAAGAGAAAGGUCACAGUAUUACAUGAUUCCUCAAGAACUAGACAUGCAAGACACAUGGCCAAACAAUUUGUAAGUAAAAUGGCAGUGAGGUAGAUUGAGAAAGCUAUAUUGUAUGUCUUUAAAGCCUACUUGCAAAACACUAAAUAUAAUGUCUGACUUUUCAAUAACUUCAUAAUGAGGUCAUUUAAUUGCAUUAUCAAUAGGUCCCCACCAAAAAAAAAAAAAAAAAAACUAAUUCACAACCUACCCUAGGACCCUCUGACAUCACUUGUCCUUCUUAUUAAUUACCCAGUUUCUGUCCCUAAUAAGAUGAUUAGAAGUGAAUUAUUGAGGUCCACAGCCAGUAUAAUAUCUUGUUUGAUACUGGACUUAAUGAUGCAAUUGACCUCGGGAAGGAAAAAUUGUG